UUAUUUAUAAAACUCCAACCCACUAAGCCUAGGGUUGUGGUCACUCUUGCUAGUGCUGCUACAAUCUUUCUAGGGUUUCUGUAUCAUCUCUUUUUUUUUGGGUCUGAUCUGAAGUUAAAAUCUUCCCACACUCUCAUAGGCUUCUUUAAUUCCUCUUCAUUUCCCUUGUCCAUUUUCCAAAUUUGUACACAAAAUCUGUUAUUCUCUUUCUAUUAUAGGAAACCCCAUCUGGGUCUUGUCAAUUACGAAAUAUAUCUUGAAUAAACUAGGUUGGUGUGGAAGAAUGGUUAGAGGGAAAACCCAGAUGAAGAGAAUAGAGAAUGCAACAAGCAGGCAAGUGACUUUUUCAAAGAGAAGAAAUGGACUGCUUAAGAAGGCAUUUGAGCUCUCAGUGCUUUGUGAGGCUGAAGUUGCACUUAUCAUCUUCUCUGCAAGAGGGAGACUCUAUGAGUUCUCUAGUUCAAGAUGUUUCAGUAUGAGCAAGACCAUAGAGCGUUAUCAGAAGAGAGUCAAAGAACCCGAAAGCAGCACCAAACAACAAGGACAACAUGAAAAUAAGCAGCAUGUGAAGGAAGAUGACUUUAGCAUGGGAAAGAAGAUUGAGAAUCUUGAAGCUUCUAAACGAAAACUGUUGGGAGAUGGACUAGGACCAUGUUCAAUCCAAGAACUCCAGCAGUUGGAGAGCCAGCUGGACCGAAGCUUAAUCAGAAUUAGGACAAGGAAGAACCAGUUGAUAAGAGAGCAGAUUGAAAAGCUCAAGAAACAGGCCAGAGUCCUAGCAGAUGAAAAUUCAGUAUUGCGAAAGGAGUGUGGAAUGCCAGCACUGGAUGUGUCAACAAAUGCAAGAGAGGUAGCAGACAGAGAAAGCAUGGAAGUGGAAACUGAAUUAUACAUUGGCCCUCCAGAGAGUCGAAUUCCCAAUUAACCCGAUAAAAUUAAGCUCCCACUGGUGAUCAAUAAGAGAUUGCUGCAUGCUUCAAAGCUGCCUUGUACUGCUGUCAGGCUUUUCUUUUUUUCUUCUUUCUUUUUGGGUCUUGCAAUGAAUGUAUAAAAGAGAAUAAAUUAUGUUAAUGAACGAGAAUGAUCAAAAGAUUUGUCAUUUGAGUGAUAGAUAAAGGUGGUUUUCACUA